AUCCCCCCCCCCCUUUUUUUAUCCAUUUAAGACAAUUAACGUUAUUACUAUUUCUAAUAAGAAGUUAUUACUAACUGGUUUGAGUGGCUUAUCUUAUGAAGGUUUCCUCAAUUGUUUAAGAUUAAAACCAGUUGAGUUGAAGGGUACUACAAAAUUACAAAAAUAAAAAAUAAAAAACAAGAAAGAGAAAAUAAUAAAAGUAAUAAGUAAUAAUAACCGGUAAAUUGGUGGCCUUGGGCCCCUGGCUGUCGAGUGUCAACUCCGAACGACGGCCCAAAAUCAAUUAAAAAGCGCGUGCCAGGUGACAUGAGCUAUAUAAGUUGCUCAUUAAGAUGCCAAGACGCAAAUGGCGAAGAAUAAGGCUUGUAGCUGUUGCUACUCUGAAGUUUGUUGCCGAGGUUGCUAGUGAUGCACUACAGCAUUGCAACGCAAGGCAGGCUGCAGUUGUCAAGGACAAAAGGGAGAAGCAGCAAAAGGACAAGCGCCUAAUCUUGACAAUGGACGAUCUCUCAAAGUCAUUGCAUGAGUACGGAGUGAAUGUGAAGCAACACGAGUAUCUUGCUGAUAGCCCAUCAACAGGGAUCGAUCCUGCUUCUAGAGAUGAAUAGUUGGAAUCGAACCAUGUCGAUUACUUGUUUGUAUUGAGCUUACUUCCGUCUUUGAAUCUUUGUGAUGUUACUGCUAGUGCUAUUAUAGCAUGCUGCUGCUCGCUUUGUCUCCCCAGAAUGUCCGUUCACUGUUGAAUUUUGAAGGUGAUUAUUAUAUUGAGAGGAUUGGAUUAACAAGCAAACAGGCGGCAA